CGAAGAACUUAAGGAUUACGAACUUAAGACCGUGACGUUUGGAGUAAACUGCGCUCCAUAUUUGGCAAUAAGGACGCUACACCAGCUCGCAGAUGAUGUGAAAACGAGAUUUCCACUGGCAGCAAAGAUUUUGAAGCAGUAUAUGUAUGUCGAUGACGUCCUGGCUGGAGCCCACGAUUGCACAACUGCAAUACAAAUGCGAGAUGAGGUAAUUGAAGCUCUUAACACCGCCAGCUUCCCCCUAAGAAAGUGGACUUCGAAUUGUAAGAAGAUUUUGACAGGACUACCCAAGGCACAUAUAUACAAGGAGAAUUUCUUGGAGCUUGACGACAUGAGUGAGACAAAAAUGUUGGGAAUCCGUUGGAACGCGGUACAUGACAUGUUUCAGUUCACCGUACAGCCGAUCCCCCGGAAGCAGGAGUAUACCAAAUGAGAGGUUUUAUCCUGCGUAGCAAAAUUGUUCGAUCCAGCUGGAUGGCUCGGACCAAUUGUAGUGGUGGCAAAGAUCUUCAUGCAGGAGAUCUGGCUAACCAAAAUAGACUGGGAUGACAGUCAACCCCGAAAUGUACUGCUACGUUGGGAAACCUUUCUGGAUAACUAUGAGCAUAUUCAGAAGAUAAAAAUCCCCCGAUGGACCAAUUUUACGCCAUGGGACGAAGUAGAGUUCCAUGGAUUCUGCGAUGCCUCUGAAAAGGCAUAUGCAGCCGCGCUAUAUAUUAGGGUACGCGAUCGCGCAUCAAACAAUGCGCCCCACAUAAACUUGCUGGUGGGUAAAACAAAAGUAGCGCCAGUAAAAACGGUGUCUCUACCCCGGUUAGAGCUCUGCGGAGCAUUAUUACUGGCCGAACUAAUUAAUACUUUUAUUCCGCAGUUUGAAGUCACGCAGCCAGUAAUAUACAAAUGGACUGACUCCACGGUCGUACUCUCAUGGCUGAGGAAACCGGCAUGUACAUGGAAAACGUUUGUAGCUAACAGAGUCGCAAAAAUUGAUGAGCUGGAUGGAGCAUCAGGGUGGAAUCUUGUGGACUCUGCGGAUAAUCCAGCGGAUCUUGGCAGCCGAGGCGUGUCCCCCUAG